UCCGCUGAUCAACAACCUUCAACUCAGGAAUAAUGCAUGACGUAGACGACACCUUGCAUGACGUAGACGACACUUUGCACAAAUGAAAAGGGAAUAAACAAACAGCACACGGAGAGACACUGCUCACAGCUGUGGCUGCGACAUGAAGAAACCAGGCGAAUCCAGCUCGCAAACUGACCACAGCAGCAGCCGGAAUGGACGGCAGGAAACUAGUGGGGGCCUGUGGGACUCUGUGAAAAAGGCGGCCUUUGUCAUCGGGUCGGGCCUGUUCUUCCUUGCUGCAUUCCGGAACUCUGUGACAUGGCACCUGCAGAGGUUCUGGGGAGCAUCGGGGGAUUUCUGGCAGACCCAGUGGACUAAGCUUUACCGUGCCUUUGAUGGAAACGAAGCAGCAUUGUUCAUUGUUGGGACCUUGUUGGUACCCACGUUCUGCUUCUGGCUGUUUAAUGGUUUCCUGAUGGUGGUGGACACAACAGGGAGGCCCAGUUUCAUCACACGCUACAGGAUCCAGGUGGACAAAAACAACCCGGUGAACCCACAGAAGCUGCGUUACGCAGUGUGGACGGUGCUGAUGAACCAGCUGCUGCUGUCCGUGCCGCUGGUCUUGCUCACUUACGUGGUGAUGAAGUGGCACGGGGAGCCGUGUGGCCCAGACCUCCCCACCUUCCACUGGGUGCUGCUGGAGCUGGCUGUCUGCGGUCUGCUGGAGGAGAUCUUCUUCUACUAUUCCCACAGGCUGUUCCACCAGCCGCUGUUCUACAAACACAUCCAUAAGAUCCACCAUGAGUGGACAGCUCCAGUGGGCGUGGUGUCCCUCUAUGCCCACCCAGUAGAGCACGUGUGCGCCAACAUGUUCCCUGCUCUGAUUGGCCCUAUGCUGCUGGGCUCGCACUUGGCCACGACCUCGCUGUGGUUCUCUAUUGCACUGUUGGUCACCACCAUCUCCCACUGCGGCUACCACCUGCCUCUGCUGCCGUCGCCCGAGUUCCAUGACUUCCACCACCUCAAGUUUAACCAGUGCUAUGGAGUUCUCGGAGUCCUGGACAGACUCCAUGGAACAGAUGACAAAUUCCGGAAAACCAAACCCUUCGAGCGACACACUAUCCUACUGAGUUUGACGCCACUUAACGAGAGUAUCCCUGACUCACCAAAGCCAACUCAGUGACCACGCUGCACCUACUGAACACUACCAGGCCUCAUCAGUUACCAGUCAAGCCAAGCAGCAGCUACCAGAGCAUUUAGAAACAUGAACUGAGAGUGUCAACCACAUCUUGUCAAAUUGACUUACUUGAGAGUUGUACUAUUGUACUAUUGUGUACAAUCUACAUGUCCAGAGCAAGGUCACGUUUCCUAAAGAACCUUUUAAAACACCAUUUCUAGUGACACUAGUAGAGUAGUGCUGGCAACAUAAGACUCUCCUUAUGUCUCAGACAGCUUUGCUAAACUAUGAGAUUUUAAUUAAUGAAUUUUAAUCCUUUCAGAUCAGUAUUCCCCAGGCAACCAAAAAGAAAAUUUUCUACAUGCAAUGCUUCUAAAUUGUAAUUAAUAAAUACCACAAAUAGUUUAUUGUAUUUGGAUGAUAAGUUUAAUAUGAAGUGGAUUUUCUCAAUAUUAAACAUUCCUAAGCAUUCAGAUUUAAUGUUUUAAUGUAAUGAUUAGUACUACAUGUAAAUAAAUAAUGAAAUGGACAUGCAUUUCUACAUUUUGAUGAUUUCAAAAUGCAGCAAUAAUGAACCAAGUUGGACAGGCUGAAUAAUAAAUCUGUUUCUUAGCUUUGAUAAAUGUUAAAUUUGAAUGACAGUUUUUACCUGCAUUAUUAACAUGACUAGCACUGAGAGGACUCAACCCAGCUUUGGUUGAGACUCCUACUGCUGCAGAUGACAUCCAUUGCCACAGAUGAGCACAGAGUGAGCAGACAGACAGAGAGUGAGAAGACCCAGAUCUCAGGGUGAACACCUCGUGCUGAACCAUGUUACAGGUGUCGUUAGGUCUGGGCUUAAGAAACUGACCCAAACUCAUGACCAAGUCUGGGCAGCACCAACUGGAACAAAACAAAAAACCUUUAGCAUGGAAAAAGACAGAGCACAACAGUUUAAGGUUUUUUUUGUCCAUUUUAUAUAUAUAUAUAUAUAUAUAUAUAUAUUUUUUUUUUAUUCUUUAAGGAAAAGCAUAAUUACUAGAAAUUACAAAUGACACUAAUAGCGAAUCACAUCAGCCUACAAAGCAGAUAUCAUGAAUUUUAAAUGUUAUGGUACAAGUUCUCAUUCAAGUAUUUUACAUUUCCCAUUUUGUUUUGUUUUUUUUGUUGCCUUUUUUUGUUGGUUUUUUUGCUCUCUUUUUUCAUGUUUAUGAGCCCAGAAGACUAUAAUGGUAGUGAACUAUUAACA